CAGAUAAACAAUAGCUGAGUCAAACUUGGAGCCACCAUAAAAGGAUCGGAGUUCAUUGACGCCAUCCAUCUCUGACAAGGGAACCUCACACGAUGCUGCCUGCUCUAUUCCUCGCUGCUCUCUGUGUUGGCCUGGGCGCUGCCCAGACAACUGCCGCCGGCUGCCCCGCGGCAUUGACCCAAGACAACACCCUCCAGGCUGUCAACGGCACGUGCUACCAGUUCAACGUGGCCAAGCGCGUGACGCACACCGCGGCCAAGGCCGACUGCGAGAAGAACAGCGGCACCCUGGUGCUGAUCAAGAGCGCGGAGAUCCAGAACUACAUCUACACCGAGCUGAGGAACACCUACCACCUGAGCUACAACCUCAUCUGGAUCGGCCUCAACGAUCUGGAGACUGAGAACACCUUCAAAUGGGAGGACGGCACCCCCCUGACAUACAGCAACUGGGAUGACGGUGAAGGCCCCACCGGUGGCUCCCUGUCCCAUAUUUUCAACCACGAACACAACGACUGUGUCCUCCUGGACGUCGGCUACGGCGGCAAGUGGGCCGAGUACCCCUGCGAGAGCGCCAACUACAUCCUGUGGACCGACGUGGAGGAACACGGCUACGUCUGCCAGUACCCCAUCGCCAGCGCUUAAGUGAAACGCUCGCGAGACUGACGCUCAACUUUUUAUGAACUUUGUUAAAUGUUUUUUGCUAGACUGAAUGAUGUGAGAAUAAAUAUGCAUUGCUGUUUUUAA